AUGAAGGUUGUAUUGUCCCCAACGAGCACGGCAUCUGUCACUCCUCAACCACACAUCACACGAAAAAAGUCCAUUUCUAAGGAAACACUCAACUAUUGCUCAUCAUGCCCUCAAUUUUCCACAUCCCUGAACACAACUACCUCACGAAAACGGGUGAAAUUACUUGAUGAUACUUCGGCGAGUGCAACUUCCACAACGACGACAGCAACCAACACUUCUCCAUUCCAUGAGGAAGAGGAAUUUGAAUUGUUGGAAAACGCUUGUUGUUGCUGUUUGCCACAAUCGUGCCAUCAUCAAGAACCAACCUCGCUUCACAACUCUCCCAAUUUUGCCAAGUAUUCUGACAGCAUUGAUUCGUCACCCUCAAUCAUUGCUGCCACUUCACAAAAUUUGACAUGUGUUGUCAGUCCGACCACUUGUAAUGAUCCAGCACUUUAUGACACUCAAUUUCCUCCAACCAUUGAAACAAGCCCUUCUUCUCUCAAAACUAGUGCAUCUCGUGUGAACCUGUCUCCCCUCAAUAUGAUGUACUCAUCUGAAGAAGAAUUCUGCUCGAGAAUGAUCGAUCAGCAUCAUCCUGAAUUGUUGCAUUCCAUCAAGAAGGAAUACAAUGCUCUUGUGAUGGAUGAAAUGGUUUCGAGUGGUUCCGUUGCCAGCAUGAUGGACGAAGAAUCCUUUGAAAGUAAUUUAUUCAGUGCUAUUGAGAGAUUGGAAAAGAAAUUGGAAAAGAUUGAAAAAUUGGAACAAUUGACCACACAAAAACCCAUUCGAUACACCAACCUCAAACGUAAAUUUAUUAGCAUGUUUGAAUUGGGAUUGAGUUUGAGACCUUGUCACAGUAGUCCUUCCCUAUCCGUACACACGCCCACUAUGACAGCCUUGUCUUCACCCUUAGGAGUGGGAUAUUCGAACCAAGGUUGCAUAACACCCGGGGAAACGACCUUGUCCUCUGAACUCACUUCACAUUUGGCAAGUCCAGUCGAAUCCAUCAAAGAUAAACAUCGACGAAAGGUACAAUCAUAUUUGACCCAAUACCCUGACAAGUUUGGAGCUUUUUUGACUCGAAAGGCCCUCAAAUACUACUACAAAUUGAAUCAACAAGCAAGAUAUUUGAUACCACAAACUAAGGAUGCCCAUUUCGAUGCGACAAAAAUCACAGGGCAAUUAUGGUUGGGCGACAUUGACGAUGCAUUCAACGAUCAGGGAUUGAAAGAGCACAACAUUUCACACAUUGUGACAUGCGUCAAGUCAUUGGAACCCAUCUAUCCAGAGAAAGGUUAUCAAUACUUGAAUCUACACUUGUAUGACGAAGAAGACCAGAACAUUGUGGAAAUGUUUGGUGUUUCCUUCGAUUUUAUUGAUAAUGCCAUCAAAUCCGGUCACAAUGUGUUAGUACAUUGCAUGAAAGGAAAAUCUCGCUCGGCCUCCAUUCUCAUUGCCUAUUUGAUGAAAAAGAAUUCUUGGACCUUUGAAUAUGCUUUGAAUUUUGUCAAGUCGAAGAGAACCAUUGUUCAACCCAACGCUGGAUUUGAGAGACAGCUGUUACAAUUGGAGGAUGAAAUUUUCGAAAAUGCCAAUUGCACUCCAACCAUGGAGAAUGGAGUUUUUUCUGCAAUGGUAACCUCACAUUAA